AUGCCUUCCUCAUUCCUGCGUAGGUUCCUGCUUGGUAGGAAGAAAAAAAGAGACGGUAACCCGCAGUCUCUGUCAACCCUUUCAUUCCCUUCUUUCUCCUCUUACUCCUCCUUCCCCACAAAGGAUGCGAUGCCAGAACUAGAGAUAAUGGGGAGCAGGGGGCCGAGCAUGGAGUCGUGGUCGAUGCUGCUGGAACCCGGCGCGGUCGAAGGGGGCGGAGCGGCGGCGGCGGCGGAGGGUUGGAAGGCUGAUUUGUCGCAGCUCCUCAUUGGGAACAUGUUCGCCGCUGGAUCGCGGAGCAGGAUCUACCGUGGGAUCUACAAGGACAGGGCGGUGGCGGUGAAGAUGGUUAAGGUCCCGGAAGCGGAGGAAGAGGAGACCCGGAUUCUCCUGGAGAAGCAAUUCACUUGCGAGGUCUCCUUGCUCUCCCGCCUCUACCACCCCAACAUAGUGCAGGUAAGUUCAGCGGAGAAUUCCUCUCUCUCUCUCUCUCUCCCUUGAUUGCUUUCUUUUGCGACACCUUCCUGUAAAUUAUCGUGCUGGACGAACCCAUGCAUAGAGAUCACGAAUUCUCCACUGAUCUCUCUCUCUCUCUCUCUCUCUCUCUCUCUCUCUCUCUCUCUCUCUCUCUCUCUCUCUCUCUCUAUCUCUCUUCCUUCCUCUGUGAUCAUCGUAUCGUUGUGAAGAGUAACAAUCCCGGGUCGGCUCGUAUUAUCCGCAGUUUAUCUCCGCCUGCAACAAGCCCCCGGUCUACUGCAUCAUCACCGAGUACAUGCCGCAGGGCACUCUGAGGAUGUUCCUUCACAAGAAGGAGCCCUACUCGCUUCCAACCGGGACGAUUCUGAGGCUGGCGCUGGACAUAUCGCGAGGAAUGAAGUACCUCCACUCGCAGGGCGUCAUCCACCGAGACCUCAAGUCCGAUAACUUACUCCUCGACGACGAACUUCGAGUCAAAGUCGCUGACUUUGGCACCUCCUGCAUGGCGGAGACCACACAGAACGGAGCUCCCAGAAGCGGCGGCUGCAUGGGGACGUACCGCUGGAUGGCCCCGGAGAUGAUCAAGAACAAGGCUUACACCAGGAAGGUCGACGUGUACAGCUUCGGGAUGGUGCUCUGGGAGUUGACCACUGCUCUGGUUCCUUUCCAGGAGUUGACCCCAGUUCAAGCCGCGUAUGCCGCUUGUGAGAAGGUUACUACUACACUGCUUUGGACUUCCAGCUCAUUGAAUCUUAUCCUGAUCAAAGAUUGCAGCAAAAAAUCUAAACGAUUCAGUGUUGACUGAAUAUAUUACAUCCCCGUGAAAACUGCGCCGUUUGUUUUGAUGUUUUCCACGUUCGUUGACCAGGAUCGCACAUUUGUUCAAUUCCCCUGCUAGCUGUUUCAAUAUAAAUUUAAUAAUCGGUUUCGCCAUAAAAUUUUAAUCAGUAUUUAUUCCUUUGUGCCUUUAUUGGUCUGUGUUGAUUUUCACGUUCUUCGUAGAUUCAAUCCAAUUGGUCUCACAAGAAAAAUCGGAGAAACAUGAACUCAUAGAAUUUUGAUCAAUCGAUGAGCCAUGCAUUCUCUUUCUGCUACAAUCCGAUUAUUCUGACCACUUGCUUAAGUUUUCGUUUUAUUUUUUUAUUUUAACUGAUUUUCUUGCAUGGGAAUUUGGACAGAUCAUGACUCAUAGGGUUGGAACAUUGUACAAACCAUGCAUUUUUUUUCUAUGUUGACACAGAUAUUACUUCAAUUUUUUGUCGUAGAGUUUCUGCCUUUGUUGACAACACCUUAUCACUAGUUUUUCAGCAAAAAUUAUAGGUGGAAGGUUUCUCUUUCUCCUGGUCACUUUCAAUUUCAUUGCGCUUUUCUUUGACAUGAGAAUUUAAGUAAAAUUUUAUGUAAAAAGAUUAUUUUUAAUGGUCCAAACCAUGGCAUCUUUUUCCCCCAAGAAAUAGAUGAGUUUGACAACUAGUAAGAUUUUCAUGAUGCUUUUAACCCAAAUAACCAGUCAAAGAUGAACAAUAGAGCGAGCCACGCUUGAUAGAGUCCGUUCGUUGAACUGACCAAAUAAUUUCAUUUUCUACGUUGACGUUCGUUAAUAUGGAGUUUGACGAUUGUGGUGCUAAUAUGGAACAUAGACUUCAUAGAUCUCGAUCUGCGUAUAGAACAUCUCAUGUGCUUUUUUAUGAAGAAUUAUAACGUUUCGAGCUUUCAUGCUAUUUUUUUAUUUAAAUAAAUACUCAGUUCUGCAUGAAAAUCUAGAUAACCUUUAUGAAACACCUUUUCAUUGGGCAUAAAAACGAAAUUUUUAUUGGAGUUCAUUUUUUGUUAAAAUUUAUUGAUGCCCAUUAUCUACUUGAUGGAGUUUCUUUCUUGUGCCAACAAUUUUAUUCACUCUUACAAUCUAAAAAUGUUGGGUUCGCAUAAAAAAUAAAAGAAAUUGGUUUCUUCUGGUCUCGCAGAAUCUCAGGCCGCCGUUGUCGGAGAAUUGCGCUCCUGUCCUCAACGACCUGAUACAGAGGUGCUGGUCGGCCAAUCCGAUCAAGCGGCCAGACUUUGAUCACAUUGUGGCGGUGUUGGAGAGAUACGAUCAGUGCCUGCGAGAGGGCACGCCGCUCUGUCCUUCCGGUGUGGAGCUCACGCGCCGAAUCUCACUCAGGAGGAGCUUCAAGGGCUGCAUCGCCGCCUGUUCAUUUGUUCCUGUUCAAGCUUGA